UUUGGCCUUCCCCUUGCAAGUUGUAGCAGCCGUCUCCUUCUUUUAGGCAAAUGCGCGUUCUCGAAAAAUUGUUGUAGCAGCCAUGGAGCUCACACUUGUCUUCUCCUUCAUCUUCCUCCUCCAAGACUUUCUCUCGGGCGUGAGCUCUGCCUCACCACGCUACUUCACCUCCAUGUUCACCCUUGGGGACUCCUACAUCGACACCGGCAACUUCGUCAUCAUGGCGACUCCGGUGAUUCCUGUUUGGAUCGACAAGCCUCCUUACGGCAUGACCUUCUUCGGCCACCCCACGGGGCGCCCCAGCGAUGGAAGGGUCAUCAUAGAUUUCAUCGCCGAGGAAUUUGGCCUCCCGUUCCUGCCAGCUUCCCUGUCGAAUAGCUCUAACAUCUCUCAAGGCGUAAACUUCGCCGUCGGCGGCGCGACGGCGGUCGAGGUCGGCUUCUUCGAGAGGAACGACCUGGUCCCGUUUAAGCUUCUGAACAAUUCGCUGGACGUGCAGCUGGGCUGGUUCGAGAAGCUCAGGCCAUCGCUUUGCAACACCACGGAAGGGUCCGGGGGCUGUUUCGGUAAAUCACUUUUCCUCGUCGGGGAGUUUGGUGUGAACGACUACAACUUCAUCUGGAUGGCGAACAAGACCGAGGACGAAGUGAGAUCGUACGUGCCCAAAGUUGUGAAAACCAUUGCCUUGGCCGUGGAGAGGCUCAUCAACGAUGGCGCGGCGUACAUCGUGGUGCCGGGGAACCCGCCGAUCGGGUGCUCGCCCACCAUCCUGACCCUUCGGCGGAGCGCCAACGCCAUGGACUACGACCGCAUCGGCUGCCUCCGCGCCGUCAACAGCGUGGCCAGGUACCACAACACGCUGCUCCGCGUGACCGUGGGCGGGCUCAGGGGCAGGUACCCCCAUGCCAGGAUCAUCUUCGCCGACUUCUACAACCCGAUACGCAGAAUCAUCGAAAACCCCAACAGUUUCGGCGUCGUCAGUGACGUUCUGAAGGCGUGCUGCGGCACAGGCGGCGCCUACAACUGGAACGGCAGCGCCGUCUGCGGCAUGCCUGGGGUGGUGGCUUGCCGGAAUCCGGCAGCGUACGUGAGCUGGGACGGGGUGCACUACACGGAGGCCAUCAACCGCUACGUUGCCAAGGGGUGGCUGUACGGGCCUUACGCUGAUCCGCCGAUACUGAGUGCUAUGCAGCACUAGCUUGCCGAAACCAUUGUUGUGUAAUUCUAGCGAGCAUGAUAUGAGUGUAAUUUUUUUCUUACUUGGGUUGAAGGGAGACUUAGUUUCUAUCAAUAAAUAUGUUGACGAGCUUGUUAAUUUGGGU